AUGCCGAAGAAACCGAGUGCCAGUGAAAAGCUGCAGAAGGCAGCUGCUCAUCGGAAGCAGGGCUUGGCACUGGAGCUGGCAGCAAGGGCUGAGAAAAUCUAUUCGAUCAUCAAAGGUUCCGCGGAAUUGUGCGGAGCUUGCGAAGCUGCUUUGGAGGACUGUGGCGUGGACCUGGAAAGCCAUUUCAAGAAUGACGCUGCCCCCAAGAGCAAAGCCGCGGCAAAGAGCAAGGAACGAGUGGAUGCAAGCUCGUUUUUGCCACGCACAACCACGGCUUUGGGAGGCUUGCACCAGGACGUGCUCAUGUACCUCCUUGUGAACAUCGGCGAAGCAGUGGUGACACCUCAUGCGUUGAACGCCUUGAAGCCGACUGCCAAGAAGGCCAUCCCCAAGGCUGCAAUCCAGGAGCUCAUAGAGUUUGCCACAGAGUGCAGCCCGUCUUCGUGGAUCGGCACAUCGGGUCCUUUCAAGGUUGUUGGCAACUUGCAGAAGGCUUUGGCGAAGUUGAACGAGCUGCAUGGGCAUCGGUUGCGAUGCUUGCCCUUGCCGCCACAGUGGGACACGCAUGGCGUGUACCAGAUCAGCUCAGAGGGGGAGAGCGUCUUCGUGACCCACAAGUUCUUGACGGACAAGCCAACCCGCGCAUUGCCGGCAGACCAGCUCGCAGUGAUCAACGACAUGACGAACUUGCACAUCGAGGCCAACCACUCCUCCAAGGGUGCCAUUCUCGUGGAGUCCGAUGGGGUCCUCAGCUAUCCGUUGAAGAAGCUCUUCAAGGACGACUUCCCCGAUGAUCCUUUUGAAGACAUCAAAGCUUUCGUGGUGAGUUUGCCUUCAGACGGAGCCGCAGAGAAUCCCCAACAGGCGAUGCUUACUGCACCCCGGUCAGAGUGCCAGGAGUCCGAGAAUCCGCAGUUGGUGAAGCAGCCCUUCAACGUCAAGCGCUUGGGUUCACAGUCCUGGUGCCAGAGCAGCCAAAAGCGCCGUGCCGGCACCAGUCCGGGUGGAGACUCGCCACCUUCGAAGGAGAAGUCGAGAGAUGAAAAGCCCAGUCCAGCUGAAACCGAGGAGCAGGACGACGACAGCUGCCGCAAGGACUUGAGUGGUGUGCUUGAGGCUGCCACCGGGUCAUCGCCAAAGAAGACCACGGAGCUGGACAUGGACUUGACUGAGGCUGAGCCGUAG